CUCUUUUCUAACCGAUUCACAGAAACUGCGAUUAGUGCUGAUUAUUACAAUAAAAUGAAAAUGGAAAUAGAGGAUGGUUUUGAUGAAUUGUUGGCUGAAAUUAGUGAACCAUCAUCAUCAAAGAAAAUUAAAGUAGAUGAAAUUUCUGCUCAAGCAGGAACAUCUGACGAAGCUACCAUAAAACCAAGAUCAUCAAAGACACACUGUGCUCUAGUAAAUAAAAACCAGAGAGGCAAUCCUCUUCUCAAACACAUAACCAGCGUGCCUUGGGAAUAUGAUGAUAUAGUGCCUGAUUAUGAGGUUGGAAAAACAAUAUGCUUACUAUUCCUCUCAUUAAGAUAUCACAACUUGAAUCCAGAUUACAUACACAACAGAUUGAAGGAGCUAGGCAAGAAGUAUGAUUUGAGAGUUUUGCUAGUACAGGUUGAUUUGAAAGAUCCACAUGCAUCUUUAAAAAAUUUAACACGAAUAUGCCUGCUGACUGAUAUAACUUUAAUGUUAGCUUGGAACCCAGAGGAAGCAGCUAAAGUUGUUGAAAACUAUAAAAUUUACGAAAACAAACCGCCAGACAGAAUUAUGGAAAAAAUUGAGAAUGAUCCUCAUCAGAAGAUUAUCAAUGCAUUGUCGUCAAUCAAACCUGUCAACAAAACUGAUGCCAUGACACUAAUCAAAACAUUUGGCACCCUAGAGAAUAUUAUUAAAGUUUCAGAGUCUAGAUUAGCAGAAUGCCCUGGGUUUGGUAUAACAAAAGCAAAAAAACUUUACAAGGCAUUGCAUGAACCAUUUUUAAAGAAGGGUCAAACAAAAGAUAAAAAAGAUGAAUUUCCUGAUGAAGAUUUGACACUUGAAGAAUUAGAGAAAAUUGUAAAUGAAAACCAAGAUAUAUCCUGAGAUACUAUGAAUAAUACUGAAGAACUAAGGGCAAAAGAUAAACAUGCCACUGAAGUCCAUACAAAUACAGUGUACAUAAUUAAACCAGGUGUAAACAUGAUGCUUGCAAGCAAUAAUAAACUAAUUCUACAGUGAAGUAUUACUGUGAAAAAUUGAAACUUAACUGUCCAUAGUACUAAUAGUUGUUGCUAAUAGCUGGUCCUGCAAGUUACAUUGUUACGUCUUUAUUAAUAUUAGAGUGAAAAAGUUUUAAUAUGAGUCCCAAUCUCUAGACCAGGGUUGUCCAAACUACACAGGUACCUUUGCGGGAUCAUUAAAUUGACUGCAAAGGCUGGAUGGCCGCAGAAAAAAGAAAAUGAUGUCAUGGGAAUGAAAUGUUACAAGAGUAAAAGAUAAAUUAUAUCAAAUAUUGAUUAUAUGUUUUGACAAAGAAUUCUUUUAUCCAAACUAUUUAUAUCCAAACUAUUUUUUGAUUGAAACAUGCGUCGCCGUUCUCUGAGCAGCUCUGCUCUAGACUAUAAGUAAUUCCAGAAUUGAAUGCUUAAAGAAAAUUGUUCUGUAUCAAGCCUUGGUGAAAUUAAUAAUAAUGAGUUUA